UUCAGUUCAGUCGUCAUCCGAUCCGACGACGUAAGCUCGAGUCGUUGUAUCAACCCCGAUUCUAUCACGUCGUAUCAUCACGUCACUGCUAUCAGCAACAGGUCACCGAAUUGAGCUUGUAAUAAGUCAUCAUGGAUAUUGAAGAGUUCCGCGUCCGCGGUAAAGAAAUGGUAGACUACAUUUGCGAUUUCAUGGGCAAUAUUCAUACCAGGAGAGUCACGCCAGACAUUGGUCCUGGCUAUCUUAGGCCUCUAUUGCCGUCAGAACCGCCGAAUAAUCCGGAGUCAUGGGACGAGAUCAUGAAGGAUGUGGAAUCGAAGAUUAUGCCAGGCAUCACGCAUUGGCAGCAUCCAAGGUUCCACGCCUACUUCCCGGCAGGAAAUUCCUUUCCUUCUAUUCUCGGUGAUAUGCUAUCGGAUGCCAUAGGCUGCAUUGGAUUUUCUUGGGCGGCCAGCCCAGCCUGCACGGAACUGGAGACAAUAGUCUGCGAUUGGUUCGGCAAGGCGAUUGGAUUACCAACGGAUUUCCUAUACUUCAGCGAAGGCAGUAAAGGUGGAGGCGUUAUAGAGGGCUCGGCAUCGGAAUGCAUUCUCGUGUGCAUGCUGGCUGCACGAGCACAAGCAAUUGCGAGACUCAAGGAAUCUCCUGCACAUGCACAUUUGGACGAGACCGCGCUGCUUGGGAAGCUGAUGGCAUAUUGCAGCCGGGAAAGUCAUAGUUCCGUCGAGAAGGACGCUAUGAUAUGCUUCGUGAAACUGCGUAUUCUCGAGCCGGAUGAGAAGAGCGUACUUCGCGGGGAGACCUUGCGACAAGCGAUCGAGAGUGAUACAGCCGAAGGCUAUGUUCCCUUUUUCGUCUCAACGACUCUCGGCACAACCGCCUGCUGUUCAUUUGAUAAUCUUAAGGAAAUUGGACCGGUUUGUAAAAAAUAUCCAGGGAUCUGGCUCCACGUGGAUGCCGCUUAUGCCGGAAACGCUUUCAUCUGUCCAGAAUUGAAAUAUCUGAUGGCCGGCGUCGAAUACGCCGAUUCUUUCAAUACCAACACCAACAAAUUCUUAUUGACAAAUUUCGAUUGUUCUUGUCUUUGGGUUCGCGAUAGAUUUAAGCUUACCAGCGCGCUCGUUGUGGAUCCGCUGUAUCUCCAGCACACACACGCGGAUACGGCUAUAGACUAUCGACACUGGAGUAUAGCGUUGAGUAGACGAUUCCGCUCAUUAAAAUUGUGGUUCGUAAUGAGAAGUUAUGGAAUAUCUGGACUACAAAGGUAUAUCCGAAAUCAUAUAAAACUUGCUAAAAGAUUCGAAACACUCGUUAGAAAAGAUUCUAGAUUCGAAGUUUGCAAUGACGUUGUGUUGGGCUUGGUAUGUUUCCGCGCUAAAGGCAGCGAUAAAUUAAAUCAAAAAUUAUUGAGCACUAUUAAUGAUUCGGGAAAAGUACAUAUGAUCCCGGCACGAGUAAAUCAACGUUACACGAUACGUUUUGCACUCGCUGCACCUAAUGCAACUGCCAGAGAUGUUGACGUGGCGUGGAACAUUAUAACUGACUAUCUAUCCGAAUUAUUGGAAUUCAAUGACGUAAUGGACGAAUUAGCAGACAUUCGCGAGAGGAAAAGGAAGGCCACCUUGGAACAAAGGAGAUCCUUCUUCGUACGUAUGGUAUCUGAUCCCGCGAUUCAGCCAGGAUUCACAAAGACUCCGAACAGGACAGGAGCUAAACUCGACACACAGGCAACAAUCGGCGGUAUUGGAUCAAACACUCAAUCUGGAGCGAAAUCUUGGAUAUCCUGGCCGCUUGCUUAUCUUAUGCAGGCAAAAGAAGCUGCUGAUACCAGUGAAUUAUCACUCAGAUUUCGCCAUUUGGAUACUAUGGUGCGCUUGAAGGCUGGCGGUCCCGGAAGUCGUCGCGGUAGCAGUAACGGAUGCAGUCCAGAUCCGUCUCCGUCCGCUUCGCCCUCGCGCGGUAGAUCGCCCAAUGGCCGAGCAUAAUUUGCAUUAUAUCGAUCCUUCCUUUUUUCGCGAGGAGUUCUUUUAAAUGUCAAUCGCGAUGGAUGACUCCUUGCACGCUCCAAAAAGACGAAAAAGAAAUCCGCUAGCUAACUACAUCGGGAACUGAGAUACUGCCGACAAUCUCGAUAUUAAAGCCCACCUUAGACAACUUACGCACGAUUUGGGACGGAAAU